CGCUUUUGACGCCACCACGGGUCAUGGAUCAGUCGACCUCACCAAUGAUGGCACAGGAGACUGCCAAGCACUAAUUUCAGGAAACGAAUUUGUCUCCAACGAUGCUUCGUCUGACUUUAGCAUCAUGGCGCUUGGGAACACAACGGGAACUGUCAAGAGAAACAGCUUUCAACGCAACUUGGCGCUGUACGUUGUGGACUGGCAAGUUCGUGAAAAUAUUCGUCAAAGCCAGACCUUUACUCAAAAUCGUCUUGAUCACAACAGUGGACAGAGGCCGGGCUACAAACAUACCGUCGCCGUGUCGGGUCCUGACGUACAUCUCAAUCAGAACGUCCUCAAUAAUCCUGCAAAUGACGCAGAACUCAUCGCUCUUAACACUAGCUCAUUCACCGACGUAGAUGCCACAAACAAUUGGUGGGGCCUUGAUAGAUCCACGGCAAUCGCCGAGAGAAUCAGAGACAGCAGAGACCGACCGGAGCUUCCAAAUGUCCUGUUCGAGCCAUUCCUAGCAGAGGAUCCCGAAAAUGGAAUCUGUCGCUAUCCGUGGUUCCAUGAAGAACAGCUUGGAUACUGCUAUCUGUACAAGGGUGCGGCUCGGACAUUGAGCGACGCCUGGGACUCGUGCAAGGAACAAUCUGCACAAGUGGUAAUGAAGGCCUCAGAUAAGGAGUUGAUCCUCUUAGAUGCUGCACUACAAAGAGAAGUAGAAGAUGUCAACUUCGCGCUAGAACCGGAACCAUUUUGGAUAGAUCAGGAGUUCUCCAACGCCGAACAAGCAUGUUGGGUACAUCGGCAAAACGCAGGUGUUGGCGAUGUCCUGACGGCAUAUUGCGAUUCCCGCUAUCCGUUCUUCUGCAAACUGCCUGUCGCUCGCGGCUGUCCCAACGAUUGUUCCCACAACGGUGCCUGCCUUGAGACGACCUGUUACUGUGACAGGGGCUGGAGUGGGUCAGACUGCUCCCGACCAAACUGCCAGGAUCUCGACGAUUGUGGAGAAUUUGGUGUGUGUGUCGGGCCCAAUGUUUGCAGGUGUAGGAACGGGUGGCAGGGACGUGGCUGCACCGUAAGUUACUGCAGCCGGUUCAGUACGUGUAAGUCCUGUGUUCAGUCCGUGGGCUGUGGAUGGUGUGACCAGACUCAGUCCUGUGAAUCAGGCCUGUACGGCGGACCUGACGUCAUGCCCUGUCCGACAUGGUUCUACCACAACUGUUUCACCGUCGGCAACAAAGGGCUCUGUUCGGACGACAUAGAGCUUGUUGACUGUGACUAUCGACAGUGUAACUCGUCCCUGUCUACCACUACUGUGGAGUCAUGCCUGAGGUGCCAGGACGUGGAAGGGUGUUUCAAGGAUACGGAGGGCGGUUACUGUAAAGUCUGGGACCAGAGCCGAUGUCCAAAAGGUUUUGUCUACCCUCUCUACAACGACACGACGCGCAUUGAAAAGGUCCUGACAGGUCACAACGUGAAGUACGUGCCGGCAGAUGGCGACCCUCUGUAUCACUGCCAGGUCCGCUUCUCGUCCUGGGGAGCUACCCUGUUCAUCCAGGAGGGAGAACUGGACGUGCAGCUCGGCCAGGUGCUGUCCAGUCCUCAGGCGGGCGGCGUGCUGCACAAAGUCGAACAGAUGGUGACUGAAGGUGCCUACACUCUAGUGGCUGCACACCCUGCCAGGCUGGAGGACAUGUUCGACUACGUGGACUUCAGCCAGAGGGUCCGACUGGAGCCAGUCGUGGACUUCAGCAUCAUGGAACAUGAACCGCCACUUUCUGUCGUGCAGAGCGUCAUUCGAGGGAACGGGACUUUCCGAGGAGACAACACACACGUUAUAAAUCCUGAUGUAAAGGUUUAUAAAUGUGUGGGACACAGCGGCAGCCUGCGCUUGGUUUUCCAUGAGAGUGACCCUAACCUGCCGGACAUCAACCCCGAUGACGUCAUCGUGGGUAACCAUAGUAACGGGAUGCUGGAGUUCGUUACCAGGCUGUACAGCACAGCUUUCGGUACCGUCAUCCACACAAACCUUGCGGAUUGCUCUGGAGGAGUAUAUAGUAUUCUUGAACAGUUCCCGACCGUGAGUGGACACGCCGUUCCGCCUCCCCUGUCGUGUUCGGGCGGCUCCACAGGUGAGACCGGGCUGCUGAUUACCGAGGCUCGGGACCUCGUGGUGCAGCUGGGCAGUGUGGUGGUGGGCAGGAAAACGGGCAGGUUCGCCGCUAAGGUUCUGUCUAAACGGGUGGCCACGGGCUCUGGGUUCAUUGUGAUGGAGGUGGAGCCCAUAACCACAACCACAGGCGCUUCGAAAAGAUCCUCUGAUGUCGAAAGCAGCGCAAUGAGAUGGGAUAUUGCUGGUGAAGAUCUCGUCGUUAUGACCAGAUCAUUCCAACUCACGGCGAGCGUCAACGCCAGCUUCACCGCAGACAUCGGCCUGUCUAACACCCUGUCUACGGUAGGGUAUCGUCGGAGGACACUUGAGAAAGCUGAAGUCCAGUUUAUAGGAGGAAAGGUGGAGAUAGAACUGGCAGGGGAAGCAGAGACAUUCCGACCGUGA